AGAAAAAGAAAAAAAAAAGCUUUUAAUUACUUGGCAAGUUUAUAAUUGGUUAUUCUUUCCUUUCUUCUGUUUAGUUUAUACCCCAGAACAAUUGGUAGAGAAAUACAGCAACAUCACGUUUCUUCUUUAUUGUUUGAUUUUGAUAUUAGUUGUUGCAUUACAUCACUCCCUUUAUAGGUGAGAGGUGUGGAACCCCUUACAUUUUUUUGUUGUAAUGUAAUACUGAAUUGCCAUUAUUUUAGCCAUUCUAAAAUAAACUGAGAAACCUUUGCAUCUAGAUGUGUAGGAGAGGAGAACUUUUGCUUGCUCUUUCUGGACAAGAUCUUAGACCCUAUUGGCACAUGCUGCUACCUUUUUCCUAUGCUGUUGUUUCAGGUGCUGUGGGAUCAUGCUCGGUAUUAUUUGCAAAAUCUCUCUCUAACCUUCUAAGGUUGGCACUGUCUAAUGGUUAUCAGUUGCACAGCUAGUUCACAUACUCCAUGAUGCUCUUGUUUCUUAGUACUGCUGGAUUUUGGGUAAAAAUUAUGCCAAACUUAUUUUAUUUUUUUUGUAAUGAAGAUGGCUUUAAAGUUUUUAUUAAAUUUUAAUUAUUUUUGAGCUAUCCCACUCCAAGUGGCGAGGUUGAAUGAAGGC